UCUAGAAUGGAACUUCACGAAUUCUUUAAUUGUUUAGUAAACGUUCGUGCAGGAAGCGCUUCCUUGUUGAUCCGCAGGUCUCGUCCGGACGGAAGUGUUGCGAAAAACGGAAGAGAUUUCAUCGUAAACAUGGCGAAUGUGCACGAACGAGUAAUCGUUGAAUUAUCGUCAUCCCACGUGUGUAUAUAAGCAUAAGAUCGAAUUUAAGACGAGCAUAUUCGGGUGUCCACCUCCACGACGAUCUCCCUCCAGGCAUCCACUCCGAACGACAGGAUGAAGAGACUGUGCAUCACCCUCUGUCUAAUGGUCUUAGUGAAAGACUCACUGUUGACCUACACCACUCAAGAGGUGUCGCAAUCGUUGGUCCUCUCAGGACAGAGCUUAAAUUGGCCUUGUCAAAGUACGAAAAACAUUUAUGAAACGAGUGGACGGUACAUCGCUAGAAACGUGAUCGCCACGAGGGCGCAGGUGUACAAGGACGAGGCUAUCCUGGCCCUACCGCGUUACAAACCAGGUGUACCCUUCACUCUUGGUGUUCUAUCCUUGAAAACGAGCGACUGUGCACCGAAGAUAACUCCUUUCCCUUGCUGGGCGAUCCAGGAAGAAGGAAACUGUCAAGCGUUGCAAAGCGCCGUUGAUAUUGCCCUGGACAUGCAGGGUAUCCUUUGGGUUCUCGAUGUUGGUAUCGUCAACACUAUGGAGCAACCUGUCCGCAGAUGUCCUCCUAAGGUUGUAGGAGUAAACGCUAACAGUGGAAAGGUUGUCAAAAUAAUCGACUUAAGUUCCUUGGCUGACACAUCCUCUCGUCUGCAAUACAUGGCUGUCGACUACGCAGCCGAUGGCCAGGUAUACGUGUACGUUUCCGACGCUGGUACCAGGGCCAUCAUCGUCUACAACGUGACAGCUGACAGUGGAUAUCGCGUGGUCCUUCCCGCUGCUGUCACUUCCGGCAUGGACAAACCGGACGCGCUAUAUCUGGCGCUCGUAAGGAAAAGCUGUGGUACCCAGGUGCUUUACUUCACCUACCUGGGUUCCAGCAGGAUGUUCGCCAUCAAAGCUAGCAAUCUGAGAACCGGAAAUGCUAAUGGAUCCAUAGUGGACAUUGGUGGGAAGAAGAACAAAAUUGUACUACUGGGUACCGAUAAUGGUUCGGCUAUCUUCUUUAGAAUAAAGGGUGAUUCGAACGUAUACAUGUGGAACUCGGAGACUCCCUUCGUCUCGGACAACUUCCUGUUGGUGCAGAAGGCUGGCGAUUGUAGAUUACCAACCGGGGUCAUUCCUGGUUACAAAGGACUCAUGUGGGUGAUUGAAAGUAACUUCCAGGAUUAUAUUGAUAACGCUGUCAGUUGUUCAGGUGCAUCGGUGUCGCUGCAUCCUCUGGUGAACUCUUGCGAGGAAUAUUGAAGAAGAAUAUAGUUGAAAUGAACCUUUCAGUUGGGUAUUGUAAACUCCAAUUGUCAUGUACAAAGUUUGAUUUCCCUUCGAGGAAGAUUCAACCUGGACAAAUCAACCAGUGUUAGAUACUAUUCUUCGACGACCAUUCGAUGAGUUCGUUGGAUGAAACACAUCGUGCAUAAUAAAUUCACUCGUAACUAA